AUAGAAGUUUAUAUAACUUUAAAGUGUCAGAGGUGAUGACAUGGGAGGCAGGAUUUGAAACACUCUUUGGCAAUGAGAGACUGAGAGAGGGAGUACCGUAACCGCGAAGCAACAAGACGUGUGAAGGAGACAAAGGAAGAAGAAGAAGAGAGGCACCAGCUAGGAGAAUGCCAGUGGUUAACCUAGAUGGAGCAAGCAGUUCCAGUGAGGAUGAAAAAGAGCCUGUGCCUGUUCAGACACCCACAAAACAAAAGCAACAGCCUGAACACAUCACCCUUAGCCCUGACAAAAUGUCCCGAGGAAUUAUGUCGGACUCCUCAGAUUCUGACACUGAAUCAAACCACAUUACUGUCUCCCCGUCUUCUGCACCAAGAGUCCCUCCCCAUUGGAACAACAGCGGCUCAGACAACUCGGAUGACAUUUUCAACAUAGACUACUCGUCCCACAACCACCAGGCUCUCAAGGGAGCAUACAAGGAACUUAUCGUUACUGAAGGACAGAGGAACAAAACCUGGCAGUCCACUACGAUCCAGUCUCUUGCUUCUGAAAGUGAUGAUGACUGUAGGAUUAUAGACCACUCUUCCACUCCAAAGACAAGACAGAAAAAGGAAGACAUCAUUGAGUGCCCACCCUCACCUACACUGUUUGAGAUAGAUAAAAAUAACCAAAAGGAAGAAUCAUGCCAGACCACAAGAAGGACUAGAGGGAAGAACAGAAUAGCAGAGUUGGAGAGAGUUGCAAAGAGGCAGAGAACGUGUAGUCCACAUAUUAAUGACAGCCUUUUCAACAUAAGCAGUGACAUUGUCACUGAUGAAGAGGAGGAGGAUGUUAACCCAGAGAUCAGACUUCGCAUCAAGUGGGGUCUAGAGAACUUUUGGUUGCCUAUCAGAAAACUGCAGAAGUUCUCACACCUGUAUGAAGUGCUGGCAGAGAAGUAUGAUGUAAGUGCUGAUCGUGUAGUGCUGAAUUUCAAUGACAAAAUCAUCAACCCUGCACUCUGUCCUGCAAAUCUCAACAUAAACAUUGGGGACAUCAUAGAGGGCGGUGUAGCAUCCUAUACAAGUUUUAGCCAUCCACCAGCACCCCAACCAAUCACUCAGGAUGCAGAUUCCAUAUCCUUACGAGUUCAAAAUUCCAAGAAGAAAGGUUCAGUCACCAUCAUUAUGAGCCUCAAGGAGAAGAUGAGUGUCCUUAUGCACAAAUAUGCUGAGGAGAAACAGCUCAAGUUAAAUAAGCUGCGAUUUAUGUUUGAUGGGGAGCUGCUGUCUGCUAACAGUACUCCAUCCAGUCUGGAUCUGGAAGGUGGAGAGUGUAUAGAUGUGUAUGAGGGUAGUUAAGAUAUGGAAGGACUGCAUUACUGGAUAGUGGAAUCAUUCAUCAGGUGUAAGCUCCUCUCUUAUUUGCAGGAUUGUUAAUUUAUUGAGAUAGAAAUGUGUCAGUUAUGCAAUUUAUAUUCUUUUCACCAUGUGAAUUUUAUCAAAUAAUCAGGUUUUGUUAUAACACAUUAAAUAAAGAUAUAUGUUAUAACAAUCAAGUUUGAAAUACUGACAUAUAUACUCUUUUGCUAUGUUUCACCUCUUUCUGUAGGCAUCUUCAGGAUAAAAAACUAUAAAACACUAAGUAAAAGUUGUAUAAAAUUCACAUUACAUGGCACUAUACCCAAAAACCAAAAUGCCACAAACACCAAAAUUACAGACUGUAUUGAUUUCUGUGAUACAGUCUGUAAUUUUGGUGUUUGUGGCGUUUUGGUUUUUGUGCGUAGUGCCAUGUAAUGUGAAUUUCAUACAACUUUUACUCGGUGUUUUAUUGUUUUUUAUCCUGAAAAUGCCUGCAGAAAGAGGCGAAAUGUAGCAAAAGAAUAAAGUUAAAGAAAACUUUGGAGUUUCCUUGAAAAACAAGUUAUCAAGAAGACCUUUACAGCAUAUAUAUAUAUAUAUAUAUAUAUAUAUAUAUAUAUAUAUAUAUAUAUAUAUAUAUAUAUAUAUAUAUAUAUAUAUAUAUAUAUAUACACACACACACACACACACACACACACACACACACACACACACACACACACACACACACACAUUUGCUUUAAGUUGACAGUAACGAGGAGUUUAUAAGAAAUUCUUUUAAUCUUGUGUAUGAGGGGACGCUGUUCACUAUACAAGGUAGCAAGUUUCUUAUAAAUUCAAUAAUGCAGUCAACUCCAACCAAACAUGUAACCAGCACAGUGUUCUCCCAAAUUACAGAUAGAAAUGCAUAUAUAUUUUUAUACAUUUCAUCAGUUAUUGAUGACAAGAAUAUUGCAUGAAAGUAUUAUGUAGGGAAUAAUCCAGAGUUAAGUAUAAAGUUUCCCUGGAAUUAUAUAUUUCAUGUGUCAUUCUCUCUCUCUCUCUCUCUCUCUCUCUCUCUCUCUCUCUCUCUCUCUCUCUCUCUCUCUCUCUCUCUCUCUCUCUCUCUCUCUCUCUCUCUCUCUCUCUCUCUCUCUCUCUCUCUCUCUCUCUCUCUCUCUCUCUCUCUCUCUCUCUCUCUCUCUCUCUCUCUCUCUCUCUCUCUCUGAACCUAAGCUCCAAUUUCAUGAUUGUAUUCGCCAAUUAAUGGUCAGAGAUCCUUCUUGCUACCCUUCACAAUACCUACAGAUCCUCAUCUUUUUCACACUGACAGUUUGCCGCAUUACCAUAUUGUUUCAUAAAGCCUCAGUUGUUAUUACCUAAUUUAUACAGCAGAACCUCUGAACACAAAUUUAAUUCCUUCAAGUAGGUGAUUGUAUCCUGAAAUUUCAUAUUCUGAAUAAAUUUUUUCCCAUUGUGAAUGUGAAGGAAAAACGUGAUUCAUUCAGUCAAACCUGUAAUGUGCACAAUGCUCAAAAUCACCGUCAUUUUCAGCUUGAAAGAGGGGUUAUUCGCAGUAACUUACAUUGCCAAUAGGGUAACAUUACUAUAUAGUAAAGUAUUACCAUACUUUACUGCAGUGCCAUGCCAGAUGACAUUGGCAACAAUGGAGUGCCACACUCUUCUGUUCCCAGCCAACUCCACUACUUCUUCCAUCUUCUCUCUUCCCACCAUCUCCUUGAUUCCAUCCAUGUACCUCAUCCUCUGUCUUCCCCAUGCUCUCUUCUCCUCAAUCAUCCCCAAGAGACAGUCUUUCUCAAGACCAUCCCUCCCUCAAAACAUGCCCCAGAUACCCAAGCUGUCUUCUUUUCACUGUGGUCAUCAGCUCUCUCGUCGUGCCGGCCAUCUGCAACUCUUCCCGGUUUGUCCUUGCCACCCAUGGGACCCUCAUAAUUCUUCUGAUGAACCACAUCUCUGCCGUAUCUAGUCUCUUCUUCAUUUCCUUACUAACAGUCCAGGUUUCACAACCAUUUAACAUAACUGACCAUGUAUAAGUCUUCAAAAUUCUUAGCUGGAUCCCAGUGCUCAAAUUCCUGCUUGUCAGUAUCCUCAUUUGUCCAAAAUUAGUUUUCCCCAUUUCAAUUCUUGAUCUUAUUUCCACAUCACUUCUACCAUCUUUGUCCACCAAACUUCCCAAGUAUCUGAAUGAUCUACCUUGCUUCACUGCCUGUCCAUCUAUAUUCACAUUCAUCCUCAAUUGUUCCUUUCUCUUGGUCACUCCCAUCACAUCUGUUUUACCAAUGUUAAUCUUCAAUCCCACUCUCCUACAUUCCUCAUCCAGUCGAUCCACCAGUCUUUGUAACUUUUCUUCCGUGUCUAUAAUUAGUACCGUAUCAUCCACAUAUCUUAUGUUAUUUACAUUCAUUCCCACCUUAAUACCUUCCAAAUCUGCCAUUUCAUCCAUGACGGCCUGCGAGUAAAGUGAGAACAAGUCCGGUGACAACACACAGCCCUUUCUCACUCCUCUCUCUAUUUUAAUCCAGUCACUUUUUUCAUCUCCAAUUUUCACCACAGCUCUCUGUCCCCAGUACAGGUUGGUCAUUACCCUUAAAACAGCUGUAUCUACACCUAACCUUUUCAACCUCUCCACCAAUAUCUCAUGACGUACCAUAUCAAACGCUUUUUCAAAAUCAACAAAGCACAUAAACAGGUCUUUCUGCUUCUCUACGGCUCUCUCUCUAAUGGUUCUUAAUUUUGUAUUAAGUAAAGUAUUAAUUAGAUAAUAAAAAAGGAAGGAUGACUGGCCAAGUAUUAUUUCAAGAUCAGUCACCUGUACACCACUCCAUACUUUUUAAUCACCUCCUGCACAGCAGGGGUGAUGGAAUCCUCCAUACACUUGCCAGGGUCUGUCGACUUCCUUCCUUACAAUGCAGCAGGCACUGGGAAAAAUUAUACGUGUCACCAAUGAGUGCUGGCAAAAAGGUGUUGCCAGACAGUCUACUCUCAAAAUCUUAGUAAAUAGUAUUCAAGGAAUAAAUCCCCCCCCAAAUCACCAUUCUGUAUUUUUUAUGUCAUAAAAAAACGUUUGUGUUUGGAGAAAAUAUCUCCCGAAUUAAAAAAAUACUUGUAUGCAAUUUGGAUAUGUGAAAAUUUGAAGUUAGACUUGUUUGUGUUGAGAGGUUCUACCGUACUAUUUUAUUUUUGUAAGGAAAUUGUAACCAUUGCUUUAUUGCCUAUACAUUUUCUAAAAUUAUGAAGUAAUAAAAUUCAUAAAUACUGUCA